AUGGCUGCGUCGUCCACAGAGAAAAAAGAGCUGCAGCUCGUCGAGACUGUCGAGUUCAGAAUUUUGGGUGUCGCCAACAAGGAGCAAAAGCUUCAUGAGCUUCUACAGCGCUAUCUGGCGCCUCUUAUAUUGAAGGCCGCCAGCGACCAUGCCAGUGUUCGCGGGAGGGUUAUCCAAAUAUUGACUCGUCUCAAAACUUUUAUUCAGCCGCCACAAGUCAUCUUGCCUGUCAAGGCGCUGCUGGAGCAGUACAAGACAACCGACUCUAUUGUCAUCAAGCAGCUGGAUCUCUCCUUCAUAUUGCACAGCCUCGAUCGCAUCGAUGUGGAGGAUCGGCGGGAUCUACUUCCUGUCGCACUCAAAGGCCUCGUGGCAGACCAAAAUCAGCCGCGGGCAGCGACCAUGAUCAACAUCAUCCUCCGACUGAUUCUAGACAUGAGAAUACCGCCGCGUGGGAGCAAAGAUGAUGAAGCCUUCAGGAAGGCCCUUGGACUCGAAGACGCUGCUGAUGCCAAGUAUCUCGCCUACGUGCUCGGCAUCUUCCUUCGACUCCGAGCCACAUCGGGCUCUCAGACGUUGGCCCAGUCCAAUGCCACACUUACGAGCUCGGAGCUAGCUCUUUUCCCUGCCGAAAGCUCAGACAUGGAAAAGAUUCUUCGCCGCAUAUCUGAGCUCAAAGUCAAAGUGGUCACCUUGUUCGCAAGUGCCGCCUUUACCGACGAAGAGAAGUUCCUGCCUGCCCUCUAUGCCGCUGCCAGCUUUGACGGCAGAGUCGCCUCUACGGGCGAUGAGAUCAUAAAGAGAACCUCCGUCUCGUUGGAAGACCAAGCACUCGUACAGCGCCUGUUUGCUGCCCAUGCUGUGCUCCCCGCCGCCAAUCGUACUCGAAUCCUCGGCAUGCUGACCAAAUCGGCCAUUUCGACAACCAUGACAGACAAUAUCAUGAACGUCGUGACACUCGACUUUAUGCCUGUAGAGGAAGGGUCGCCUUCCAACGCGUUACAGCCAUCGAGCACUCUAGAACGAACUAAGCUUCACAAGGCGCUAUUUCAAUACCUUUCCUGGGUUGCCCAGAUUGGCCCCUCCAAGCAAGAUUUCACGAUUGGGCCGCAGCUCAUUCAAAAGAUGCGCGAAUACGUUGAAAGCCAAGGCUGGCCUGUCGGCGAAUCCGGCACCGCUGAUGAAAUUAACCUCCGAUCGCGCGCGUACGAGACGAUUGGGCUGCUGGCCCGCAGUUCGGACAUGUCAACAGAUGACAAGCUCAACCUAGCGGCUUGGCUCUUCCGCUCACUUUCAGAAGAUUCUACCAACGACGCCAUCGUCAACAUCGACGGCGCUAUUUCCAGCCUGACCGCGAAUAUUGAUCCCAAAGACACGGCCGGCAACAUGAUGCUCAGAACCAUGUUGCUCACGUAUAUGUCGCUGACUGACGAGCCUCCAGCCGUUCGCAGCACCCGCCAUGCCGUUGUCAAGUGGGCGAACCAAUGCCUCCCGUUCUCCGAUGUAUACGCCCGGUGGAUCGACAUUCUGGCCAUCGCUGGUCAGUACAACGAACGCAACGAUGUCAUCGAACAGGGCCAUAAAGGCCUUGAUCCUUGGACUUAUUUAGCUCACAGCCAGGCUAAUACCAAAAUGCCUGACUGGAAGGAGAUGGCGGUGGCAUUUUUUGAUUCGCUCAUUGAGCCUGCCCCUGUGGCGGAUGGAAAGUCCGUAAAUGGGCUGCCGACGCUACCGUUGCGCCCAGUGUUUCAAAACUUUCAUGGGUCGCGAAUUCUUGCCUUCCCUGUCGCUCUCAAGUACUGCAAGAACCUCAUGCUUCUCUCAGCGCUGAAUGACUUCACUGUCCAGCCAGACUGGAUGCAAGCUCUGGGUGCACAGCUGAAAAACGACAUGACAGCCCAGAAUCAAGUUCGCGCAUAUCUGCAAAAGGUGGAUUCAAAAGAGCUCGUGUUCUAUCUCCAAACCUGUCUCGAUGGUGCCUUCGUCCAAGACGUGUCCAUCGUCGAAGACUGCAUCCGUUGCUUUGUUGAAGUGGCGUCUCUUGCCCCAGCCGAGACCAUCGGCCACCUGACUGGGCAGACGAUAAAUCUACUUUCUCUUGUCAAAUCCAAUAAUCGAGAGAUUAGAACACUGGCCGCCAAAGCUGUUGGAAUACUGGCCGCGCAUCCAGUCAAUGGUACCGAUGCUGUCGCCAAUUUCGCAGUCACCCUGCAUAGCUUCUUUGGCAACGCGCAAAGAAAGGCUGGCCCUGAUCUGAAUGCUGCAGAAGGUGCAUUGAUGGCAUUUGGUCAUUUACUGUCUCGUUGUGUCUAUUACAACCGCGACCUGCCACAAACUACGUAUCCACUGUCGUAUUUGUCGGAUGAAUCAACACCACUUUCACUUUUCGAGGCAGCUUUGGACUCGUUCGCUCAACUCUGGUCUGCUAAGCUGUCUGUGCCUUCGUCUGACGGCGAUCACAGCUUGGAAGUGAUUAUCAAGAAACUCUCGGCACAGGCCAAGAAGGGCAACGAGCGUGCCAUUGCCGCGCUUGGCCGCCUCGCAUCUGCGAUUGACGUCGGCCAAAUCGAGGGCACCACCUCUGACGCUCCAGAAUGGGAGCAAGGCACACUGGGCACUAUACUCACAGGGCUGUUUGCACUUCACGAACUAAAGCAGGUCGAAAUCCACUUCACCGUGGGAGAGGCCGUCACAGCGGCCAUUGCUCGAUGGGACUCUGAUCAAGUCAAACUGGGCAUAGACGUGGAGUGCCGGGGCAAUGGGUUUCAAAGCAAGGCGCUGGGAACCAUCAUCUCCGCCGUUCUUGGUAAGCUGUUCGCUGACUGCAAAGGCACCAAACCAUCACUUCUUAAAGCGUCCGGAAUCUGGCUAUUUUGUAUUGUUCAAUACUGCUCGCACAUUGAACAGGUUCAGUCCCGUCUACGAGAGGCCCAGGCUGCCUUUAUGCGCCUGCUGAACGCGCGCGAUGAGCUUGUGCAGGAAACAGCCUCCCGUGGUCUGUCCCUCGUCUACGAAAGGGGCGAUGCCGAUCUCAAGUCCGCACUGGUUAAGGACCUUGUGUCGGCUUUCACUGGAUCUAGCACCCAGCUCAAGGUAGAGGAAGACACGGAGCUGUUUGAGCCUGGUGCUCUGCCUACUGGAGAAGGAAGCUCCAUUACAUCAUACAAGGACAUCGUCAGCCUCGCAAACGAAGUCGGUGAUCAGCGCUUGGUGUACAAAUUCAUGUCUCUUGCUGCCAACGCCGCAACUUGGUCAACCCGAUCUGCUUUUGGCCGUUUUGGUCUGAGCAAUAUUCUUUCAGAAUCCGAGGUCGACCCAAAAUUGUACCCAAAGCUUUACAGAUACCGUUUCGACCCAAACUCCAAUGUCCAACGAUCCAUGGACGACAUUUGGAAGUCUUUAGUCAAAGAUUCGAAUGCCACAAUAGACCAGCAUUUUGACGCCAUCAUGGAGGAUUUGUUAAAGAGCAUCCUAGGUCGCGAGUGGCGCAUGCGAGAAGCCAGCUGCGCCGCCGUUGCCGAACUUGUCCAUGGCCGGCCAUUUGUUCAAUAUGAGAAAUACUAUCGGGAUAUUUGGACGGCAGCGCUCAAGGUUCUUGAUGAUGUGAAAGGUAGUGUCCGCGAAGCGGCACUGAAGCUCUGCAUGGGCCUUUCAAAUGGCCUUGUGCGCCAGCUGGAGGAGAGCAACCACAGCGCAGCCGCCAAGGCCAUGAUGAAGGAAGCACUUCCCUUCCUGCUAUCCGAGAAGGGCAUCGAAAAUACCGUGCAAGACGUGCAAAUCUUUGCCACUAUUACUGUCAUGAAGGUUUGCAAGCACGGUGGUGCUUCUUUGCGGCCAUUUAUUCCCGAGAUUGUCUUUCACAUGCUCGGCUUGUUGAGCACGAUUGAGCCACAGCAAGUCAACUGGCACUACCAGCGAGCCGGUGAAGAAAGUCGUGACCAAAUCGACAAGCUUCGAUCGCAAAUGGUGAAUCAGUCUCCCAUCUCUGAGGCUAUCGAAAACUGCUUGCGCUUUAUAGACGCCGACGUCAUGCUGCAAUUGGCGCCAAAGCUCGAGGCCACCAUCAAGAGCGCUAUCGGUAUGCCUACCAAGAUUGGAUGUAGUCGUGUACUGACUACACUAUUUACGCGACACACCAACGACAUCAAGCCACUGUCAAGCAAAUUCCUAAAGCUGCUUGAAAAGCAGACUCUGGAUAAGAAUGACGAAGUCAGCCAGGCAUACGCCAGAGCAGCUGCUUACAUUAUGCGGGCAGUGGGAGAUGCUGAUAGACGGCGCUUCUGCAGCGGCUUGGUGGAGUUGUACUUCAAUGGCGAGGACGAGAGCCGCCGCCAAAAAAUAUCAGAUGUCGUAGUCUCCUUGGCUAAGAUCUCGCCCGACCACUUCUCUAGCCAAGAAGCCGACCUGCUGCCUUUUGCAUAUCUUGGGUCUCAUGAUACGGACGAGUAUACCAGCAAAGUCUUCAAGGAGGUUUGGACCCAGCAUGCCGGCAGUAGCCGCACUGUCAUGCGAUACAUCCCAGAGAUUGUUGCAUUGGUUGAGCGCUGUCUAGCCACCACGCAAUGGGCACUCAGACACACAGGCGCAUUCACAAUUGCUGCCAUGGUCUCAGACGUUGUUAGUGCAACCAACACGACAGGUGGUAUUGGUGAACCCAACUGCAAAGCUCUCUGGCCUGUCUUUGACAAGGCGCUAGCACUCAAGACGUUUCCCGGCAAGGAAAAGGUGCUGGCGUCGUUUCCCAAAUUUGUCGAGAGUGGCCCCGUAUUCUGGCGAAACAAUGAGGAGGUUGCUGCGCAGAUGAAAAAGGUGGCUAUCAGAGAAGCAAAGCGCAACAAUGACGAAUAUCGACCACACGCAUUUCACAGCCUGUGGGAGUUUGCCCAAGCAAGAAGUGACCUGGACCUGCUGAGCGAGAUAACCGACAUUGUGACUCCGCACCUGGAUGCUUUUAUCGACGAAGAUAAAAUGGACGUGGACUCCAAGGAGGACAAGAGUCCGGACACGGCGCAGAACGGCGUCGAGGCCAUAGCGCGCGGCUACACGCGGGCGUCGACACGGGAUGUUGCUGCUGUUGCUGCAUCUGUCAUCAAGACGCUGCAGCCAUACCUCUCCCACGACAAAUUCGGCUCCAUCAAGCGCGAAGUGUGGUACAAGUGCGUCACCGACUUUAUGACAGAGGCUGUCGAACUGAAGAGCGCAACGAACGCGACGGACAACGCUGCCACGUUCUCAAAGUACCUGGAGAGCCUGGACCUAAACAAGGCGGAGACCGGCACGCAUCCGCAGCGCGUGCAGCGCAUAGACGCACUGGCGGCAGCGCUCAAGGCGCAGGCGGCUGGUGUGUUUGUGAUGACAGCAGACGGGAAGAGAAAGCUUCGUGAGCUGGUGGAGCGGGCUAUUCAGGAGGAGAGGGCGACGGAUUUGCAGCGGCUGUGGAAAAGAAUUCUGGAUGAGCUAGCUUAG